AUGGCUACAUUCAACGAUGACGGUCAUGAAUUUGUUGUCUCAGUUCCUGUUCUUCAAGCAGCACCCAGGAUAAGAGAAGGUACUCACCGUUGCAUUAAAACAACUUGCCCGAAAGGUCCUCUGGCACUUUCGACUCCCAGCCCAACAGCCAUUCUUUCGCAACGUGCAGUUACUGCAUCACCAAUCGCAGCACCCAUUGGCAUUGGAUUUUCUCAGCCGACCGCCACCGGUUUCUCGCCGACCGCAGCGCCCAUUCGCGCUGCUUUCUCGCAGGCUACCGCAACACCCAUUGGGAAUCAUUUCCAACCGACUGCAUCAUCAACUAACAGUCAAUUUCCAACGAUUACACCACCACCAAUUAAAAUUGGCUCCCCAGACCCGACUACUCUUAUGACCAUCACGCGCGCUGCAACAUUAGAAGAUUUACUCCCAAAAUCUCAACCUGAAGAUGAGGUUGUCGGUGGCGCAUCAACCGAAGAACUUCCAGCUGGCCUUUGGCUCUCUAGAUGGCAAUAUGAUCCAUAUAUAACCUUACCAAGACCUCAAUGUAGCGAUCCAGGUCCUGACUUUGUCUUGUCAGGAAGGGUGAGAACCGUUACUCGUAAUCCACGCAGGACUUCAUAUACUACCAUUGAAUAUUGGGGUUUUACUACUACUUCAACGGUUCCUCAUGAUCCCAAUCGUCCACCACCAGCGGACUCUAUCAUAUACCCAACUUGGGUAACGGCUUCGUUUUGGCAAACUUUCUCUUGUCGUAAGGUCUGGAUGGAGUACUUCAAUAUGGAUAAAUGGUACAAGAGAGAUAUUGUGGAGAGGGUUUUGGAGGACUUGCAAGCGGCUUCUCAUAGGUAG